AUAAUUUAGAGCAAGUAGUGUCUUUGAAUCCGGGUGACGAGAUUGCCAUAAUUCCACCAAUAAGUGGAGGCUAACAAAAGAGAAGAUUUCUUUCACCUACAAAAAUCUACCAUUUACGGAAGAACAAUAAAUCAAGCAGAAUUAUGGACACGGAAUUAGAUUUACUUAAGCUGACACCAAAUAAACUAGAUGUUGGUGUCAUUAGUGAGUUAGUAGCUGAUGAUAGUUGCGGUGCGAUUUCGUUGUUCGUUGGAACAACGCGAGAUAAUUUCGAAGAUAAGAAGGUUGUCACCCUUGAAUAUGUCGCCUACGAACCGAUGGCCAUCAAGAUGAUGAAACAAAUUUGCGAUGGCAUUCGCAAUAAAUGGGAUGAUGUCCAUAAAAUCGCUAUUUACCAUCGCCUAGGUUUGGUGCCGGUCAAGGAAGCCAGUGUGGUAAUUGCCAUCUCAUCGCCACAUCGCCAAGCAAGCCUUGAAGCAGUCCAACAUGCAAUUGAAGAACUCAAAAAAACCGUACCCAUUUGGAAAAAGGAGAAAUACGAUGCCAACGAAUCAGCCUGGAAGGAAAACAAAGAAUGUCCGGAUAUUCCAAGGAAACUAAAAAGAAAUAGAUUGGAUUUUGAUGAUUGUCAAGUUGAAACUGAUUCGGUGUCUCAGAAUCUUGUACAAAUCGCAGCCGAUGAGAAAGAAAUUAUUCGGAGAAUUCAUUGUUUCGUCGAAAAGAAACGCGAAGAAAUCGAUUUGAAUAACAUUCGAGAUUUUACGGCAACAGCAACCAGGAUAAAGGAUGAAAUAAAGACGGAAGAGCAAGAAGAAAUCACAUCGUGUGCAAGGACGAAUAGCAUCUUUAUAAAGCAAGUUGAUUCCAAAGGACAUUUAAGAGUUCGUCGAGUCAAAAACCGCAUUGGGCCACAAAUAAAACCCGACUACCUCCUAGCCCUUGACAAACUCAUGAUGAACGAAGGACAUACGGAAAUGCGAAUCAAAGAAGAGCUAGUUGAACACGAAGACACAGACACAGGAAUGACUGACAAUAUGCCUCUCGGCCUGAGAGAACGUUUGCAAAAUGUCGAAGUUCAUUUGAAUAUGGGAGUUUUAAAUCCAAAGAAUAUUUUUGAGAGGAUUAAAGCGAUCGAAGAUAAGAUUUUGUACUUAGAAUCUCUUUCACCUGAAUACAAACACUUUUUGAUGGAAAAACCUUCGUAUGUUCCGGAAGCACCAAAACCUUUUAAGAAAAAAAUGUAUUCGAUUGAAGAAAUUGAUUCCUUAAUUGAAGAGGUAAAAUCUGAAAUGGAGGAUCAAAAAGACAACAUAACUCUAAGAAAUAUUAAUACUUAGUUCAAAUUAGUAUUAUUGUAAGUAAGUUUGUUUUAUACUGAAAACUGUUGUAAAUAAAAUGGAUUUUGCACUUGAAAAUCUGAAUUGAGUUUGGAUUUAAUUGGAGUCGCAAUUAAACCAAAAUAUGAUGA